AGAUGGAGACGAUGCGGUGAAUUACGAAGGCAUGUGAGAAACCACUGACUGCAGCUUUAGUCAAACUGACAGACAGAAAAACUGCAGGAUUUCCCCAAACAUACAACAAACGUUUGGCGAAGAAGAAAACAAAAGCAUGGCUUUCGCAAACCUGUUCACGGGAUUAUCUAUGAACCAAGACGUCACACACAGUGGAGCUGGAGAAAGAAAGAGGAGAAGCCAGGCUGAGCUGAGAGGCCCUGACAACAAGAAACAAGGUUAUGAAGCCCAGAGUAGCUGGACGUACAAACCAAAACCCUUUAAAGAUGAUGAUUCCACUGAACAUUCAAGGACUGGCUUCUCCAAAGACUUGAUGCACAACCACAGUGAUAAUUCUGGCCACAAUAACAUGCAUCACAAAGGUCAGAAUGCUAAAAAGAACUACAAGCAGCAGCAACAGAACAACCAGAGGGAUGGCAGGAAAAAACAGAAUCAUCAGAAGGAUAGAGGAGGAUUUUCUAAUCGAGGUGGCCACUAUCAGAAUAGAAAAUUUGGAGGACAGGGUAAACGACAAGAUGUCAAGCAGGAAUUUAAAGUGCCAACCACAAGAAUUAUGACGCAAGAGUUCAGAGAGCAGAAUGCUUUGCUGGUGGAUGGACAGUUACUUUGUCGACAUUUCAUUUGGGGACGGUGCAUCAAGGGUGACAAGUGCCAACUGAAGCACAUUCAGGGUUCCAACGAUGUCAUCAAAGAAGUUUGCAAGUAUUACGUCCAAGGAGCCUGCACUAAAGGGGAGAGCUGCCCCUACAUGCACAAUAUCCUUUGAUUUAACUGCAAUAAUUAGUAUAACAUGUGUAGUGCAGUGUCCACUUUGAACCUUUCUGUUUGAAUUAGGCUGUUUCUUUGGCCUGUGGUGAUGCUGGUGGCAGCUUUGACUCAGUAUGUGGAUCCCCGAACAGGGGGAUGUGUUAUCUUUGCCGUUGUCCUGAUCCACAACAUCACUGACACUGGUACCACUGCUGCAGAGUGCUGGUUGCUUUUCCUUGGGCCUUUAACAAUGCACAUGGCAAUCGUGAAGCUGAUGAGAUGAAUGGUUCUUGAUACUCUAUCAUUCUGUCCUUAAUUCCUGCUGGUAACUAUUAGAAAGUGGAGACUGUUGUUGUGCAAUAGUAGGAGUAGAAUUGACAUUGGCUAAUUAUUAAUAAUCAUGAAAUAUGAUUAUUAAAAUA